AUGGCAGCUGGGCAAACAACACCACCUUCCCCCAUUUCACCACUGCCUCAACAGCCUCCAAGUUUGUCUGUCCAAGCUCCGAUGGCAGCGACCUCACCAGCACCACCUCUCCUCACUCCACCACUGCCUCAGAAGCCUCCAAGUUUGCCUGUGGAAGCUUCAAUAGUAGUUCCGCCACCUGCAACACCUCCCCCCAAUUGUUGCGAUAAAUGCAUGAAAUGCUGGACGUGUCUGCUUCGUACUGAGAAUUGCUUCCAUCAUUUCUGGGAUUACUACACUGCUUGCUUGGAAUGCGAUAUAUAG